CCCGCUUUCCCACCUCGCUACACAAACAUCUCUAAUGGGAAUACAAUUCAUGCUUUUGUAACCCACUUGUGGCCAGGUUACGAUCUACUAGGUCCGAUGAGGAGCUGAGGGACAUCGACUGUUGUUAAGACAGAAGGAGCAGACACCAACACACGCGGCUGUUAGACCCGCUCCGUCUUCCUGUUUCUGACGCGUCGCUCUUCAGUGCUGCUGCGUUACACCAGCCAAUUGCUCCGCCCGGACCGUGUGACACACCAGGCAGACCAAGCCCCCUCGGACCGAGGCUGGAACUCCCCGCGAAAUCUACUCAUAUAAAAGCAGCACUCCGAAGUCUUAUCCGCACAGGACAUCAGCUGCAGGUCAGUGAGACUCUUAACGAGGGAACACGCGAGCAAAGCGAUGGUGGAAGCGACACUGAUGGGAUCGGUCCCAGAAUGUCCCCGUGGUUCGGUCUGUGUCGGAGGCAGCAGCAGGGGACGUUUCAUCAGAGGACGACUGAACAACGCUCCUGUGACAGGUGGAGGAAUCAGACCUGCAGCCGGCUCUUCAGAUCCCUGUACGGGUUCGGUACAAUCUGUGCUGCGGACAAAACUCUGGAAAAUGGACAAGACUCUGUUGACUUUACUGCUCAUUGUCCCACUUGUCUCUGGUGGAUUUCAUCCCACAUGUUCGAAUCUGUCAUUAACGGUGGAAGAAGGUGAAGACGUUAGUCUUUGGUGUGGACUUGUUCCCUCAGUCAACUUGAUGAGUUACACAGUGGAAGUAACAAGAACUGACCUCAGGCAGUUCGUCCUCCUGUAUCGAGACAAAAGAGUCCUCCACUAUGUCCCGAUGGAGCAGUACAGAAACAGAACCACACUGGACCUCAAAGGCCUGAUCAGGGGAAACAUCUCAGUGCAGAUCUCCUCUGUGAAGAUGUCUGACAGAGGAGAUUACACAUGUUUGAUCCCCAGACUGAAACCCAGGUGCAUCAUCACCCUGGAUGUUGGUAAGGAUCCUGAACUCAUGCCUGUUCUUAUUCCUCUUGGUGCUCUCCUGGUGGUGGACUUCAUCAGACUGAGAAGUGGAAGAAACAGUCUCACAGGGAAUUGUGUGACGAGAUGCAGAGGACAAAAGGUCAAAGAUCCCUUCACUGGUUACCAUGCUGAGACCGGGUCGGGUCCAGUCUACAUCCAGGACAUGGUCCAACCGGAUGAAAUGAGAGAGACAGGCCCCUGUGAGCUGCGAGCAGAGACUUCCCCUCACUUGGAGCAUUAAAGAGAGAUUAUCUAACUGAAAAGGAUUUAAAGAAAACCAUAUUUGACUUCAGUUGAUGACGUCGUAGCGUGCUGUUUGAAUCAUCGUCCGUGCGUUGUGUCGUUCAGUGAGCGUGAAUGUUAUUCACGUUCUUUGAUAUUAAUAUUUGAUGAUAGAUUACACCUCUAAUUCGAAGGAUCUAAGAAGUCCCCGCAACUACAUUCAUACCGAGGCGGGCCCGAGUGCGCAUGCGUGAGCGGACCUGUCAUCUUGGACGGCUUAGUAUGGCGAGUGCACAUUUUUACAGUAUAUAUGCCUAUUGUGUAUUUGAUAAAUUUGAUAUGGACUGAUGAUGAUGAACAUGAAGAUUAUUUUUCGUAUAACAUUAAUUACAUUUU